AUGGAGAAUCAAGAGAGCUUAGCUAGUACAGAAGUUCCAUUUGAUGUGACAGAGAUCAUCGCUGAUGAUAUCAAUAUGGAGGAUAUCGUAGUUACCCCUACUCGAAGCAGUGAUAUAGCCGAGAAGGCAAUUGGUAUGAACAAAUCUCCAAUCACAUUUUAUUUAAACAGAAGUUCACAAUACAUUCGGAUGGUCCAAUCAAAGAAUUUACUAUUGGCCACCUGUUGUAAUGGCAGAGAGAUCAAAACUCUAAUAACUCAAGAUCUCUUUAAGGAAAUGGACAAACCUACAAUCUUGAAUGUGAAAAACACUGCCUCUAAACAAGUAUACACAGAAAAUGCAACUCCA